CCAUUAUGCUCCAAUAUUCAUUGGCUCUCGUCACCACUUUCCUCCUCCUUCCAGUUCCUUUGAUUUGGCUCCUAAGGAGAUGCAGAAGAUCAUCCAAAGUUCAGAAAUUGCCCUCGGGACCCAGGAAAUUACCACUUAUUGGGAACUUGCACAACUUGGCUGGAUCCCUACCACACCAUGCUCUACGAGAACUGGCUAGAAAAUAUGGACCGCUCAUGCACCUGCAACUGGGUGAAGUAUCUGCAGUUGUGGCGACAUCCCCCAGGAUAGCCAGAGAGUUCUUAAAGACUCAUGACCUCGCCUUGGGGAAGAGGCAAGAAGUUUUUGCUGCCAAGACUUUGACCUAUGACUGCUCAGACAUUGUCUUUUCUCCAUUCGGUGAUUAUUGGAGGCAAAUGCGAAAAGUUUGCGUCAUGGAACUCCUAAGUGCCAAGAGGGUCCAAUCCUUUUCUUCUCUUCGAGAAGAUGAGGUUUGUAAUCUCAUCGAGUCCAUCCGCUUAUCUUCAGGAUCACCGAUCAAUUUUACAGAAAAGAUUUAUUCUUUAACAAGUACCAUCGUAUGCAAGGCAGCUUUUGGUAGCAAAUGCAAAGAUCCUGAUGUAUUUAUAUCGUUGGCUAGGGAAGUAAUAUCCGCAGCAGGAGGCUUUGACUUGGCCGAUUUGUUUCCUUCCAAGAAAUUUCUUCGUGUGAUUACUGGAACGAGAACUAAAGUAGAGGAGAUGCAUCGGAAGCUUGACAAGAUCUUGGAGAACAUCAUCCAUGAGCACAAGGAGAACCAGAAGAGUGCAGCAAUUAGCGAGGUUGAACCGGGGCAGGAAGAUCUUGUAGACUUUCUUUUGCGCCUUCAGCAAAGUAGCGACCUUGAGGUCCCCAUUACAACUAAGAACAUAAAGGCUAUCCUCUGGGACAUGUUUGCUGCCGGAACUGAUACUUCAUCAACCACAGUUGUUUGGGGUAUGUCAGAAAUGAUGAGGAACCCUACUGUUCUGGAGAAGGCACAAGCUGAGAUAAGACAAGCCUUCAGAGGAAAGAAAAAGAUCCAUGAGAAAGACGUUGGGAAUCUCAGUUACUUAAAGUUAGUUAUUCAAGAAACUCUGAGGUUACACCCACCUCUUCCCGUGUUAAUCCCAAGAGAAUGCACAGAGCCAUGCGAAAUUGAUGGAUAUGAGAUACCCGUCAAAACUAAAGUCAUCAUAAAUGCAUGGGCAAUUGCAAGAGAUCCUGUAUAUUGGAAUCGUGCUGAGAGUUUCAUGCCAGAGAGGUUUGCUGGUAGUUCAACUGAUUUCAGAGGGAAUAGCUUUGAAUAUAUCCCUUUUGGUGCUGGGAGGAGGAUUUGCCCGGGAAUAUCAUUUGGUCUUGCCAAUGUUGAACUUCCUCUUGCUCAACUGCUGUAUCAUUUCGAUUGGGAACUCCCUGGCAGGACGAAACCAGAGGAUCUGGACAUGAGUGAAACCGUUGGUGCUGUUGCCGCGAGGAAAAAGCCCUUGUAUUUGAUUGCAACUGCAUUUACUCCUUCACUUGACGAACCCCACGGCUGACUUCCAGGCCCACUACACGAUCUGGAAAAUGAAGGAGGUAUUAUAUCACAUAAUCCGUUUAUAUCGGAUUUUACCCUUCAGCACGUUAAUUAAUCGCUGUACUAGAAGUUAAAAGUGUGUUCCAGAUAGUAUUUUCUUGAAGAAUCUUUAGUGUUGAUUGCUGGAAAAUUCAGCUUUCAUGAAGGAUUGUAAAAGUGAAUAAUGUAUCUGCAUGCCCAGGCAAGGUUUUAAUCUUACGUGAUCUUUUGAGAUUCAUGGUAA